UAGUCACUACACUCACAUCUUCUUUCUCCCCUCUAAAUCAACUCCCAAACUUGUCUAGAUAGAAAAGAUGGACUUCAUCUCCAUCUGCAUCAUCAAAUUUAGACCUUAGUUAAAAUCCAUUAUUCCUUCUUCUUCAAGAAGAUGAUGACUACCCUUUUAGACUCACUUUACUGUGAAGAAAAACAUUACUGGGAAGAAGAAAAUGAACAACAACAACAAGUUGACAGCUACACCACUUGUCUUGAAAAUGAAGAUGAUGAAAAUGAUACUAAUAGUAGUUGUAUUAAUAAUUGUAAUAUAAGCCAUCAGGACUUAUUUUGGGAAGAUGAUGAACUAUCUUCUUUGAUAUCCAAAGAACAGUUAAAUGACGGUAGCACCGGUGACAAGAACCGCCGUGAGAUGGUGGAAUGGGUGAUGGAAGUGGCUUCACAUUACUCUUUUGCCACCCUCACUGUUGUACUGGCGGUCAACUAUCUUGAUAGGUUUCUUGAAAAGUUUGAUAGCAAGAAAUUUCAACAACAGCCAUGGAUCACUCAACUUACUUGUGUUUCUUGUUUAUCUCUUGCUGCUAAAGUUGAAGAGACCCAUGUCCCUCUCCUUCUUGAUCUUCAAAUGGAUGGAAGCAAAUAUGUGUUUGAAGGAAAAACAAUACAAAAAAUGGAGAUGUUGAUACUAUCAACACUUGAAUGGAAGAUGAAUCCUGUCACACCCCUAUCUUUUCUUGAUUUCAUCACAAGACGACUUGGAUUAUCUCCUUUUCUUUCUUUACAAUUCCUCAAAAGAUGCGAGUCCCUCCUUCUCUGCCUACUUCCCGAAGAGAGGUUUAGAUGUUAUCUUCCAUCAGUUGUAGCAACAGCAACAAUGAUGCAUGUAAUCAACAAUCUUGAACCAUGUAUUGGGAUUCGAUACAAGUCUCAACUACUAGGCAUUCUUGGUAUCAAUAAGGAGGAAGUGGAGGACUGUUGGAAGGAAAUCCAAGAGAUAACAUGUGGAAGGAAUUCGGGUCGGGUUUUUAACAAAAGGAAGUUCGGGUUGGUACCCGGUAGCCCAGAUGCUGUGAUGGAUAUGUCCUUUAGUUCGGAUGAGUCAUGGUCAGUGGUGAACCCAUCGGGUCCAUCUUCAUCUGAGCUAGGAGUCAAGAAAGCUCGCAAGGGUGCAGCAGCCUGACUGACUAUGAGCCAAUAACCAUGUGUUAUGUUAAAUGCUUUUAUUUUAAAUUAAAUGUUAAAUUGCCAACCAUCUUUGCAAAUUUAGCCCCACCAAAAAGAUAAUGGAAAAUUUGUGGUGACAUGAAGUUAUGUGGUGAGUUUUGGAGGUAAAGAUGGUUGGCAUUUUAUCCGGAUAAAAAAAAAAAAAAAAAAAAAAAGG